CAGUUCCAACUAUACUAUGAUGCCACAAUGGCUUCCUUGAAAGCUAUUUUCUUCAAUGAAAGUGAUGCAUCUAAGCUAAUGCUCCGUGCCAAAUCAGUUGAGUGCAUUAGCUCCAUUGCAGUGGCUGUUGGAAAGGAGAAAUUUAUGAAUGAUGCUACGAAGGUGAUAGAAGUUCUUGUGUCAAUACAUCAAUCCUCCCUCGAAACAGAUCACUCAAUGAGAAUCCACUUGUUACAGGCAUGGUUAGGACUCUGCAAAUGCCUAGGGCAGAGUUUUGUCCCUUACGUUAGAGAUUUAAUGCCUAUUUUUCUUUGGUCUGCAGAACUGAGCAUUGGCGUAAACACUGAUGAACCACCUCAUCAAAGUGAUAUCCUUAGGGAAAAAGCAUUGGCUUGUAACCUGCUAUUCUGCUGUGCUGUUCAGUUUAAGGAAUUUUUUUUUAUUUGGGUCAAUCAGGUUGCUAAAAUUUUGGUUCCGCUGCUAGAAUUUCAUCCCCAUUUUGAAACCAAAAUGGUUUCUGUUUCAGCCAUGCCGGAAUUAUUGUGUUCAGCUAUAUUGGCCAUUCAAAAGGGAGAAUCUGGAGGGUAUAGUAUGUCUUAUGUUCAGAAAUUAGUCACCUUAAUUGUACCUGCUCUGGUGAAAGCUUUGAAGGAGGAACCAGAGAAGGAAAUAUGUGCAAGAAUGUUAAACUCACUGAACAAAUGUGUAGAGGUAUCUGGAUUUGUUUUCCCUGAAGCACAUAUCGGGCUGGUUGCAGAUGGGAUGAAGCAUGUGCUAGCUGUGCAUUCAUUUAGAAAUCUGGAAAUGGCAGGAAGAGAAGCAGAUGAAGAUUUUGAUAUGGAAGAGGAAGAGAACAUAAAAGAGCCAUUGGAAGAUAUCCUUCAACAAGCUGGGAAUUGCUUGAUCACGAUGAUCAAAGUAUUUAAGGCUGAAUUCAUGCCUUAUUUUGAGAAACUUUGGUCAGAUAUAACAGCCAUGUUGGGAGAUGAUCACACAGCUAGAGAGAAAACAAUCGCAUUUUCCAUUAUUAAUUGUGUAAUUCAGCAAUGCCAAGAGGCUGCACAUAAGUAUUAUGACACAUAUCUUCCAUUCCUCUUGAAAGCUUGUGAUGAUGAGAACUCAGAUGUCAAACAGGAAGCUGCACAUGGAAUUGGUGUUUGUGCUGAGUUUGCCCAAUCUAAGUUUAAAAAUAUUGCUGAAGUUGCUGUAGUCAGUUUGAAUUCUGUGAUAAGUCAUUCAGAUGCAUUCUUAAGUUCAGAAAAUAGAAAGGCAUAUGAUACUGCUGUUUCAGCCCUAGGGAAAAUAUGCAAGUUCCAUCGUGAGAGUAUUAAUGCACCUCAGGUUGUUCCCACCUGGUUAAGCUACUUGCCAAUAGAAGAUGACCCAACUGAAGCCAAAGUGGUGCAUGAACAGCUUUGUUCAAUAGUAGAAAGGUAA